AUUUAAAAUGUUUUAUAAAAUUUUGUCAAUUAUUAAAAAAAAAAUUUUUUUCAAAAACGAGUUCAAGUUUCAUAAUCGAAAAAAAAGAAAUUGGUACGAGAAGUAGGAGCUAAACGCCAAUAAAGUUUCGUUGCUGCUAUAUAAAAUUAUAGUGAUUUCACCUUGAUCCUAUUUUAACCCUCUUUUUAUCUACCAAUGCUUAAAAGUAUUCAGCUAACUACGUAAUUGUCUUUAUCGCGCACAAUAAAUUCUCAUUCGGAAUAUUAAAAAAAAAAAGUUUUAGAUUAUCAAAAGCGACCUUUAAUAAUAAUAAUAAUAAUAAUAAAUCAGCUUAUAAUCGGUUAAUAUAAUUUAAAUCGUUGUCUGAAAAACAUCAUUUUUGAAAUAUUUUUUAAAAAGUAAAAAUGCUGUUCAAAAAGAAAUUUCUUAGUAUUUUUUUACUCUUUUUAUUGUCAAUUAUUUUAACAUCAAACGCCGAUGACAAUCAACCAAGCGUAAUUGUUGUUGGAGCUGGUGUAUCAGGAAUUGCCGCUGCAUCGAAACUUAUGGAAAAUGGCUUUAAAAAUGUCAAAAUUCUCGAAGCUGAAGACAGAAUUGGAGGUCGAAUUCACACUGCAAAAAUGGGUGAUCAAUUAAUUGAAUUGGGUGCACAAUGGAUUCAUGGGGUAGAAGGAAAUGUUGCUUAUGAAUUGGCAGCGCCACAUGGAGUUGUAGACAAGAGAGAAGAAAAAAUGCAGGAAAAAAUAAAUACACAUGAAAAAGUAAUGGAGCAGGAAUCGUCACAUGGAACAAUAAACGAUGGACAAGAGUGGAUUGUAAAUAUGCAUAAGAAAGUAAUGGAUUCUGUGGGCAAUAUAGUAGAUCAGAAUGACAUCAAUGAAGUAAAUCAAUUUACUGAAAAAAUGCAGGAAACAUUGUUAGAGUACGCCGAAAACAACAAGAAUUCACCUUUAGGCGAUUAUAUGCAAAAUGAAAUUGAUAAAUACAUUGAAGCGCAUCCAGUAUGGAAGGAAAAUAAAAAAGGAUUCACACAUCAACAAGAAGUGAUUGUGGAGGUUAUUUAUGCUGCAGAUUCAUGGAAUGAUGUUUCAACAGCAACUAUCAAAGAUUUUCACAAUUGUCCUGGAGAAUUUUUUGUUAAUUGGAAAACAUAUGGAUAUAAAACUAUUCUCGAUAUACUAAUGAAACGUUUACCAAAACCGGAAGAAGAAUUACCAGUUAUGAAUAAUACAGUGUUAAACGCUGAAGUUUCCUCAAUUGAUUAUUCGGAUCCAAAUGGAAAAGUUACAGUAAAAACUACAAAUGGAGAUACACACACUGGAGAUCAUGUCAUCGUCACAUGUUCCGUGGGUGUUUUAAAAGACGAACAUAAAUCCUUCUUCAAACCCGUUUUACCAGAAGAUAAACAAAAAGCCAUUGAGGGUAUGGGUUACGGGACUGUAGCAAAGAUUUUUCUCUUCUAUGAAGUACCAUGGUGGAAGAAAGAUAUGGAGAUAGGAUACGGUCUUUUUUGGAUGGACAAAGAUUUAGAAAUGCUCGAAAAAGAUGUUGAAAAAAAUUGGCUACUGGGAUUUAUAGGAAUUAAUGCAGUUGAGAAUAAACCAAAUUUCCUCCAAGCUUGGGUAUCGGGAAAAUAUUCUCGGGAUAUGGAAAAACUCACUGAUGAACAAGUCAAAAAUCAUGUUGUUGAAGUUUUGCAAAGAUUUUUCGGAAAGACACACAAUAUGACUGAACCCACUGAAAUGAUGAGAUCCAUGUGGUCUGGAAAUAAACAUUUCAAAGGAACUUAUAGCUACAGAAAAGUGAUGAGCGAUCCUGAUGUUGUGAAUCCAACAAAAUUAUCAGAACCAGUUGGAGAAGGAAAACCAGUCGUUUUAUUUGCCGGUGAGGCCACGAGUCCCCAUCACUAUAGUACAGUUCAUGGCGCUAUUGAAACAGGUUGGCGAGAAGCAGAGCGAAUUAUGGCACAAUAUCGCAAUCUAAAAAAAAUUAUGAAAGUCGAAAAGAAAUUGUUUGUAUAUUUAUUAUUGUCAAUUAUUUAUUUAAAUGUAAAUGGAAAUAAUUCGCCGAGUGUAAUUAUUGUUGGCGCUGGUCCUUCAGGAAUUGCAGCUGCAUCGAAACUUUUUCAAAAUGGUUUUCAAAAUAUCAAAAUUCUUGAAGCAGAAAAUCGAAUUGGUGGUCGUGUAUAUACAACACAAUUCAAAGAUUAUCUCGUCGACUUGGGUGCUCAAUGGGUUCAUGGAGAAAAAGAAAACGUUGUAUUCGAAAUGGUAUGGACACUUGGAAUAUUAGAAAGAAGUAAUAUAACAAGUCGUCGAGAUAGCAUAUUCGAUUCUUCAGGAAAAAAAUUAGAUCAAGCUGUUAUUAAUGACUUUCAUGAUUUUCACUACGAAGUAGAAGAAGCAUUAUCAGAUUAUGCUAAAGAACACACAAAUGUUUCAGUAGGCGAAUAUUAUACAAACGAAUUCAACAAAUAUUUUGACGCCCAUUUACAUUUGAAAGAAAAUGAAAAGGGAUUUUAUCAUUUAUUAGAUAUGAUGACAAUGGCUGGAGACGGUGCAGAAACUUGGUGGGAUGUUUCAAUAACAAGUUCAUUAGAAUAUCAUGACAAUCCUGGAGAUCAUUUGAUAAAUUGGAAAGAACGUGGAUAUGGAACUAUGUUGGAUAUACUCAUAAAACGUUUUCCAAAUCCUGAGGAAGAAUUACCUGUUUUAAAUAAUACAAUUUUAAAUGCAGAAGUUACUUCAAUUAAUUAUUCGGAUCCAAAUGGAAAAGUUAAAGUAAAAACUGCAAAUGGUGAUUUAUAUUUGGCAGAUCAUGUAAUUUACACUUGUUCCUUGGGGGUUUUAAAAGAUGAACACAAAUCUCUCUUUCAACCUCAUUUAUCUGAAGAGAAGCAAAAAACAAUUGAGGCACUUGGUUUUGGAAUUGUCGGAAAGAUUUUUCUCUAUUUCGAAGAUCCUUGGUGGUCUAAUGAAAAAUCAGGAUUUACAUGGAUUAAUUUUCUUUGGAAGAACGAGGAUUUUGAAGAAAUAAAAAAUAAUCCAGAGAAAAAAUGGCUCCUGGGCUUAGUUGGAUUUGGAAUAGUGGAACAUAAAUCAAAAUUACUCGAAGGAUGGUUAUCCGGAAAUGAUUAUACUCGAGAAAUGGAGAAACUUUCGGAUGAACAAGUCUUAAAACAUUGUAUUGAAGUUUUACAAAGAUUUCUUGGAAAAAUAUACAACAUUACUACACCUAGUGCAAUAAUUAGAACCAAGUGGAGUAGUAAUAAUCAUUUUAAGGGAACCUAUAGCUUUAGAAGUAUGAAAUCUGAUGCCGAAAAUGUUUGGGCACAAACAUUAGCCAAUCCAAUUGAUGAAACAAACUUAAAGAUUCUAUUCGCCGGUGAAGCUACAAAUCCACAUCGUUUUAGCACUGUUCAAGGAGCAAUUGAAACUGGUUUUCGAGAAGCGGAUAGAAUUAUUAAACAUCAAAAUUUAAACAAAAUGAUAUUCGAAGGGGAUUUUUUAAAUAAAUCAUUCGUAAUUAUAUUGACGAUAAUUUUGAAAGUAAAUACAGAAGAAAUUUCACCAAGUGUAAUUAUUAUUGGUGCAGGAUCAUCAGGUUUAGCGGCUGCAUCGAGACUUUUUCAAAAUGGUUUUCAAAAUAUCAAAAUUCUCGAAGCGGAAAAUCGAAUUGGUGGACGAGUAUAUACAACACAAUUUGAUGACUAUUUUGUUGACCUUGGAGCGCAAUGGGUACAUGGAGAAAAUAUUGUAUUCGAAAUGGCAUGGUCACUUGGAUUUUUAGAAAGAAGUAUUUUAAAAAAUUAUUCGAGUAGCAUGUUUGAUUCUUCCGGGGAACAACUUGAUGAAACGAUGAUGAAUGAUUUUUAUGAUUUUUAUCAUAAAACUGAGGAAAAAUUAUCAGAUUAUUCUAUGGGACACACAAGAGUUUCAACUGGGGAAUUUUUUACUAAUGAAUUUAGAAAAUAUUUUAAUGCACAUUCAAAUUUUAAAGAAAAUGAAAAGGGAUUAUUUCAAUUGCUUGAUAUGAUGCAAAGUGUUUGGCAAUCGUCAGAUACAUGGUUGGAUAUUUCAAUGACAAGUAUUUCGGAAUAUCACAAAAGUACUGGAGAUAAUUUAAUUAAUUGGAAAGAUCGUGGAUAUGGCACAAUCCUUGAGCUAUUAAUAAAACAUUACCCGAAACUAAAAGAAGAAUUACCAGUUAUGAAUAAUACAAUACUAAAUACUGAAGUUACCUUAAUUGAUUACUCGGACGCAGAAAAAGAAAAAAUUAUAAUUAAAACAUCAAACGGAGAGAUGUACUCUGCUGAUCAUGUUAUUGUUACAUGUUCCAUAGGAGUAUUAAAAGAUAAACAUCAUUUGUUGUUUAAACCGGCUUUACCAAAACAGAAACAAAACACCAUUGAGUCACUUGGAUUUGGAAAUGUAGGAAAAAUUUUUCUCUCCUUUGAAGAACCAUGGUGGUCUAAGGAAACGGUAUUUUUUGAUUUUCUUUGGAAAAACGAAGAUUUAGAAAUAUUCACAAAUGAACCGGAGAAAAAUUGGCUUCUCGGCUUAAUUGGUUUUGAAAUAGUUGAACAUAAACCUCGAUUACUCGAAGGAUGGAUAUCGGGAAACUAUAGUCGAGAAAUGGAAAAGCUAAAUGACGAACAAGUUAAAAAUCAUUGCACUGAAGUUUUACAAAGAUUUCUUGGGAAAAAAUAUAAUAUCACUAAACCCACAGGAAUGAUUCGAACCAAAUGGAAUAGUAACAAUAAUUUUAAGGGAACAUACAGUUUCAGAAGUAUAAAAUCUGACGCUGAAAAUGCUUGGGCAGAAACCUUAGCAGAACCAAUUGAUGAAACAAAAUUAAUGAUUUUAUUUGCCGGUGAAGCAACAAGUCAACAUCAAUUUGGCACUGUUCAUGGGGCAAUUCAAACUGGUUAUAGAGAAGCGAACAGACUUAUUAAACUUUAUUCUAAUUUAGCGACAAAUUAGAAGUCAUAUUCAUAAAAAAAUUAAUUAUAUUCAAAUACAAAUUGUGCACUAUAAAUUAUUAUGUGGAAUAUUAAAAAAUGUAAAUCAGCUAAUCAGAAUAGUUGACUAGGAAAAUUGAGAACGUCACUAUUUUUUCUAGAAUUAUUAAACUAUUAAAAUUAUUAAUACUUCA